AUGGCUCCCCCUCACACCAUCCCCCUCCUCGUUCUGACGAGGGAGCGCAUCGACACGCUGGUGGCCGAGCACAAGCAGGUGCUUGGCCGCGGCGCCUCGUCCACGGUGUACUUGGUGGAGGUCGGCGGCGCCCUGUGCUGCCUCAAGGUGGCAAGGGAGCAGCGCCUCGCCGCCAUGUUCCGCAGGGAGUUUGACAUCCUGCUGGACCUGGACGGCGCGGCGGGCGCCCCCAAGGCCUUGGGCACCAGCUUUGGGUUCCCCGCCAUGCUCACCACCUUCCGCGGCCAGAACACCUUCUGCGACCUGCACAACCUUGCUCCCCGCGACACUCACAAACUGGCGGCCUUCAUGGCGCUGGCCCGGGACGUGCGGCAGCUCCACGCCCGCGGCUACGCCCACACCGACAUCAAGCCCGACAACGUGGUGCUGCACCAAGGCGCCGACGGCCUCCUGCAGGUGUUCCUCAUUGACUACGGCUUGGCCAAGACAUUCGGCACAGGACUCCGCAUCGCGCGCACGCACACGCACCGCACGCCCUGGAUUGCCCCUGAGCUGCGGCGCGGCGCGCCCUGCUCGCCCCCCGUGGACGUGUUCUCCCUGGGCUACGUCCUGAGGCGCGUCCUGGCCACGUGCCACACACGCUACCCCGGCCUGGAGGUGCUAGCCGACAGCGCCAUGGCAGCAGACCCGGCACAGCGGCCCUCGGUGGCCCAGAUCAUCGAGACAGCCGAAAUUGUGGACUUAAAGAACAACAUCAAAGUGCUUCAGAAAACGCUAAAUGAGAAACAAGUGAUUAUUGAAGGACUUGAAUCCAAGGUCUCGGAGACGGUACAGCGACUCAACUACAACGAGGACUAUAGUAGACGCAAUAAUCUACGGAUCACUUGCCUCCAAGAACAAGCGGGUGAAACAUUGGAAAACACAAGCACCAAAGUGUCAAAGAUGAUCAACGAUAAUCUAGAGCUUCCCCCUGUGAGUCUCGAACGUGCUCACAGGGUGGGACCGGUCAACCCAUCCCGCCCCCGGCCAGUCGUUGUACGGUUUGAGAAGUACAGCGACCGAGAAACAGUCAUUAGGAAUGCAAAGAAACUCAAAGGAACCGGCAUCUACAUCA